UGCAAUCCCUGCUUAAGAGACCCCGGAGUGGGGCGCUCGCCCGAAGCCAGGCCGCGUCCGCCAUAGUGCCUGGCUUGGAGGUGUCGCCGGCGCUGGGUGAGGGCCCGAGAGCGGCAGGGGGGCAAAACAAAAAGAGAGCCCCGAAGCCCUUGCCGUUGCCCGGCGGUUUCCGGGCCUCCUCUCGCGGUUCGGGGCCGAAAGGCGACGGGAGCGAAAGGCGAGAGAAGCGCGGAGCACACGGCGAGAGGAAGCGUCGGGGAGCCUCGGCGGCGUCCCCAGGGUCCGCCAAAGCCACCCGGCCGCUGGCUGGGGCCCGGGGUGGUGAGGAAGUGCUUCGAGGCCUAGUUGAGGCCUAGUACCGGCUUUGUGUCUGAGGCGGCGGCGGCGGCGGCGGCGGCGGGGGGGAGGCGGAGCCGGGGGCGGCCUGCGGGAAGGCCUCUCCUCCGCCGACCGCGCGUUUUUGGCCUAGGCCGCGGGCCGCUCGUGGCCUCCGGGGAGCAGGCGACAGGGGUUUGUGUGUGGGGGGGCCUGGGCCUGGGGAAGCUGACGCCGGUCGUCCGGAAGCCAGGAGGAGGCGAGAGGCCGCUCGUGGACUCCGGGCCUAGGCCCUCUCCCCCAACCUUCUCCCGGGGCCUGGGUCACCCCAAUCCACGGAAAGAGAGACCAACCGGGAGGUGCGGCCGCGCUAUGGACCCCUGACCCCGCGGGGUCAUUCGGACUCUAACGUGUGGACUGACCGCUACUGACUGCACCGCCUGCCCCCCGUCUCCUGCCGGCCCUUAGCAUGAGCGAGGGGGACCCAGCCGGGUGACAUUGUGCCCGUUGGCGGAUUCUCGAUUUCCCCUUUCCCCGUCCUCGUCCGCUUCCUCCCGUAUGAAGUGCUUCUGAGUAUCGGGGGGGACGGGGGGGGUUCUGGAUUAUUGUUUUUACGAACCCCUGCUUGUGGUUGGGGGGGUAUUUAAUCUGAGGCCUUAGGGUCCUUCGGUGUCUUUUGAGUGUUUUGUGUGUGUACAUAUUUUGCUCUUGAGUUUAUAAAUAUACAUAUAUUGAGAGUGUCCACGUCUCCUCGCUGAACCUUAGGAAUCCUUUGGCACCAUGUCCUGUGUGCAUUAUAAAUUUUCCUCUAAACUCAACUAUGAUACCGUCACCUUUGAUGGGCUCCACAUCUCCCUCUGCGAUUUAAAGAAGCAGAUUAUGGGGAGAGAAAAGUUGAAAGCUGCCGACUGCGACCUGCAGAUCACCAACGCGCAGACGAAAGAAGAAUAUACCGAUGAUAAUGCUCUAAUUCCUAAGAAUUCAUCCGUAAUUGUUAGAAGAAUUCCUAUUGGAGGUGUUAAAUCUACAAGCAAGACGUAUGUUAUAAGUCGAACUGAACCAGUGAUGGGAACUUCAAAAGCAGUAUGUAAAAACACAAUCUCACACUUUUUCUACACAUUGCUUUUACCUUGAUAAUGUAGCAGUGAAGUAAAUCAUUUAGAACUUAAUAUCCAACUGAUCAUAGUACAUAUUGUAAAUAAAAUGUAUUUUGAUGACAGCUCAGUUGAAUAUGGAUAUAUGUGGCAUAAUUUGCACACUUACUUUGUAGAAAUGGGUAAUUUGUGCCCCCCAAAAAACACUGUUUCAUAUUAAAUAUGAUAGCAUCCUCCCUGUAUGACACUGUGUUGUACAGUUAAUGUAUGAUUCUUUUUAGCUCAUGUAGGUUUUACACUAAUGAACAUGAUGACAUGUUCUACAUCUGUCUGUCUAUAGUUAGUAUUUUGUAUGUAUGUACAGGCUGUUGUGUGCUUUUUGUUUCUUGCAAUAAAAAAAUGUUUGGAGUGUAUAUUUUGCCAUUUUCACGUUGUAUCACUUAGUUUUUGUUAGUUUUUUUUUCUGCCUGAUUGAUGGCUUUAAAAAAUGCAUUAGCAAUGUGCAAAGCUAAUGUUAAAGUUUGAUGCUUUCUCCAAGUUCAGACACAUACAGAAAAGAGCUUUCCAAAGACUUUUGAUGCAGCUUUAUUAGUUUUGUCUUAUUUGGCAAUUUCAAGCUUUUAUUCUUUGUUUAUAUCUGUACUAUAAAGUGAGACCGGAAAUUGGGCCCCCAUGAGUAUAUGAAUGUCUCAUUGAUGAUUUAUACAAUUGAGUACAUUGUUUUUAAGUUUUAAUACAAGGUCUUUCACUUCCAGCCUGCUUAGUUCUCCAAAUUCAAAUAUUUCCCUCUUUCUCAUAAAGAUAUUAAAAUGCUGCAUUAAUUGUAAGCUAAUUGAAAGCUGUAGCUCAUCAAAGGUAACUCCCCUUAACCCGGGAUAACAUCUUAAUUUUUAUGAUCACAGCUUAAGUAUGACACCAUGUUGACUUGGAGGUCUUAAGUAAAAGGCGGCAGUAUUCCUAAGUUGUGGGGUGACACAUCUGUUUCAGAGUGUAGGGCUGUAGUAAUUGGGUUCUGUAAACUUGAUGGUUCUCGAAACAUUUUACUGCUCAGGCUUGAUCUGUACACAAUACAAGAUGUCUGAAAUCUUGAUUUAGAAUUCAAGGGUAUUGCUUGCUGUUUCACUUUAUCUUUUUAAAUACUACUGAUCUUUAAUUGUGUAUCAGGCAUUUCACUAACCUUGGAUCAUUGCAUCUUAAACAUGAUAAUAUAGAAUAUCUGAACUUUGGACUUGUUCUCUGAAGUAUAUGGCCUUUAGUUCUCAUGGAACUAAAUACGGUGAUUCAAAGAUCAAAACUUAGUGUUUUGGGGUUCCCCCCGCCGGGGAUAUAUGGGGUUUUUUGGUUUUUUGGUUUUUUGUGUGUUUUUUUUGGGCUUUUUGGUUUUUUUGGUUUUUUUGUUUUGGUUUGGUUUUUUGGUUUUUAAAGCAUAAUGCUGUAAAAAACUGUCCAAGUUUCUGUUUUGCUGGUGAUUGGUUUAAAACUGAUUUUAUGUAUCCAAAUGCUAGCACAAAUUAGAGUGACUAUCCUGGUGACUGUAGUAGUUAAUGUAACACAUUUUGUAUAAAGUACUUCUAUAUAGUAUUUAAACUAAUUCAGAUGAAGUUUUAUUUCUUGAAAAGUUAUUUCCUUUUUGUUUAUUAGCAUGUGUAUAAACACAAAUCACAUGUUCAUAAAUAAAGUUAACAUUCUUUUA